CAGAAGGUAAACAGACUCACCUGGGUACAUCAAGGAGACUUUCGAGAGAUGGACUGAUAGCGGCAGACGUCCUCCAAGCAUUAUGUCUCUGAAAAACAGCGGCAUAAAGGGGUCAUCGUGGGUGACCUCCGCCUUCGAUGACUUUGGCCUGAGCUCGUCUCCUCCGGCACGGAAACGAGGCAGAGAGGAGGACCUGUUCCCUCAGCCUGGGAAGAAAAUACAGCAGGGAGGAUCGGCGCUGUGGAAUGACCUGUACUCCCCCUUGACCCGAGACGACCUGGCUAUCCACAAGAAGAAGGUGCAGGUGGUGGACUAUUGGCUGAUGGAGAGUUUAUCUGGCAUGAAGGGGAGGAAGUUUGUGUUGCUGACGGGACCAGCCGGGUGUGGAAAGACUGCCACAGUGAGGGUGUUGGUCAAGGAGGCUGGACUCAACCUACUGGAGUGGACCAACCCGACCACUACACCUUAUAACUCAUCAUUCAUGGAGCAGGAAAACAUUUGGAUCCCCGGAGACACAGUGAGGCCGGCCAGUCAGACAUCACAGUUCUGGGAUUUUUUUAUCCGUACGAGUAAAUACCGAAGCGUUUGUGGGACGGGAAAACAGGACAACGUGGUGUGUGUGGAGGACUUCCCUAAUGCCUUCUACAGGGACCCAUCCACAUUCCACGCUUUAUUGAGACGGUAUAAUGAGAGAGGCAUCACCAGCCCCGUCUUCUUCAUCAUGAGUGACUCCACCAACCACCAGAGCAGCGCCAAACAUCUCUUCCCACCAGACCUCCAGCAAGAACUUGGCAUCAUUAAUAUUGUGUUCAACCCCAUAGCAAGUGGGUUGUUGGUGAAGGCUAUGAGUCGGGUGGUCCAGAUGGAGAGUUUGUGUGCCCGGGGGAGAGGACAGUCUCUCCCCACCAAAGAGGCGCUACAGAUGUUGGCUGAAACUUCGGGAGGUGACAUCAGAAGUGCCAUCAACGCUCUACAGUUUGCGUGUAAAAAAGACAUAAACCAACUUGAGGGUCUGUUCACCGGGACGUCAGGCAAAGGUCGGACGCUGACCAGAACAAAAUCACAGACCAAAUCUCACCUGAAGAAGAACUCAUCAACCAAAACUCAAGAGAGCGACCUCGACGGCUUCGCUGCCGUAGGAGGGAAAGACGCCUCGCUAUUCCUCUUCAGAGCGCUGGGAAAAGUUCUCUAUUGUAAACGUAAACAGGACGAAGGUGUUACUGAGCCCUUACCAAAACAUCUUCAGCCCCAGGAGAGAACACCGCUCUUAGAGAACCCGGAGAGCAUCUAUGACAACACGUCCAUGGGAGCGACCAGUUUUAGUAUGUUCCUGCAUCACAAUUGCCUCAAUUUCUUCCCAGACAUAGAGAGUGUCAGUCAAGUCAUGCAACACUUAGCUGACUCCGAUGUACUGGCUGCUGAGUGGACGGAUCGGGAGGUGCUGGAGGACUACUCGGCCUCAGUGACGGUGAGAGGUCUGAUGCACGCUAACAGAGGUGGCAGUUCAGGCGGGGGCUGGCGAUCGUUUACGAAGCCUCAGUGGUACAGCGUGUUCAGGGAAGGACAACAGAGUGCGUCGGCCCUGAGGGACGAAUACCGUAUGGCUUCACUGACCUCGGAGGAACUAGCAACUACUGUGGUGCCGCUCAAGGCCAAGAUUAUGGAUGCUCAAGGGAAAGGUCAUUUCUCCCGGACAAAGGAGAUGGGUCUGUUCUCAAGCAUCCUCUCGAACAACAACAGUGAACAGCUGGACAUGUGCGACGCCGACACCUACAUCACAGAGCACGACAUAACCAUGGACACAGUCACUACCAGACGACUUCCUCCUUCUUCUUCACGGACCGAGGAAUUGACCAAUGAGGAGGACCCCGAGGAAGACUUUCUCAUAGAAGAGUUUGACGAUGACUGAUCAGUUUAUGGUGUUGACGAUUUAGCUGUAUACCGUAUUGUAUAUAUCCAGAGGCGAUAAGUUUACGUAUAUAUUUUUUUAGUACACAGUAUAAUAAAUGUCAUAUACAGUGACCCCUCGUUUAACGAACACCUCGGUUAACGUAAUUUCGAUUAACGAAC